UCUUGCAGCUCGAGUGAGAGAGAGCCGCUCUGUCCUCCUCCCAACCUCAGCUCAGUCCUCCGGCUCCCAUUGGCCAGCAGUUUGUACAAAUCCAACUCAGGCAGCUCGACUCUCCAGACUAACCCAUCUGAACCGGCCGCCCUGCUUUUUACAAACAUUGGUGCCACUGCUGAGAAUAUUUAUUCGCUCAUUUUCGUUAUCAGUUUGAAGAGGUUUUUUCCUGCACCAGGACGCAAAUCUACAUGAAUUACUUCCCCGGAGGAAAAUAGACAGACAACGAAUUUUCGGGCAUUCACCAACACAGUCGGCCUAUCCGCGGACCACACGAUAUACCGAGAAACACCGGGCACAUAGCUGGUGCUUCAUCCACUUUCAAGAUUUUCUCCAACUUCAACCCCCAGACGAACAUUAGCAUGAUGUCGUAUCUGAAGCAACCCCCUUACACAGUCAACGGACUGAGCCUCACCACUUCGGGGAUGGACCUCCUGCACCCAUCGGUAGGAUAUCCAGCGACGCCACGUAAGCAACGGCGGGAACGAACGACGUUCACGCGCGCCCAGCUGGACAUCCUGGAGGCGCUGUUCGCCAAGACGCGCUAUCCCGACAUCUUCAUGCGCGAGGAGGUGGCGCUGAAGAUCAACUUACCCGAGUCCCGAGUACAGGUGUGGUUCAAGAACCGACGGGCCAAGUGCCGCCAGCAGCAGCAGCAGCAGCAGAACGGGGGCCAGAACAAGGUGCGGCCGGCCAAGAAGAAGAGUUCCCCCACCCGGGAAGUGAGCUCGGAGAGCGGGGCCAGUGGACAGUUCACCCCGCCGACCAGUACCACCACCGUCCCCGCUGUCCCGACCAGCACCGCGCCGGUGUCCAUCUGGAGCCCCGCGUCCAUCUCCCCGCUGUCCGACCCUCUCUCUACCUCAUCUUCGUGCAUGCAACGAUCUUACCCGAUGACCUACACUCAAGCCUCGGGCUACAGCCAGGGCUACGCCGGGUCAACCUCUUACUUUGGCGGCAUGGACUGCGGCUCGUACCUGACUCCGAUGCACCACCAGCUGCCUGGCCCGGGCUCGACCCUCAGUCCCAUGGGCACUAACGCGGUCACCAGCCAUUUGAACCAGUCCCAGGCGCCCCUCUCCACCCAGGGAUACGGGGCGUCGGGGCUGGGCUUCAACUCCACCACGGACUGCCUGGAUUAUAAGGACCAAGCGGCCUCGUGGAAGCUGAAUUUCAACGCCGAUUGCUUGGAUUAUAAAGAUCAAACUUCCUCUUGGAAAUUCCAAGUGCUGUGAAAAGAACAUUCUCGUGUCAAGUGCAGAAUCGACCCCUCAAACGAAGCGCCGCCAUCCCUCAUAAACCCGAAUAGACUGGUCCAUUUGUGCCGUGGGGCGGCGGGACUCGAAGACCUCCAGAUUGCGGCCUGAUGUUCGUCCUCAGGAGGAAGUUUAAUUUAUUUUAGCCCGACAAAGACGUGUUCUUUGUUUCUGAACACCACUGAGGGCCACACGAAAACCUGCGGGCCAACCUGGGGGCCAAUUCAGAGCGGACUCUUAGAAACGCUUUCCAGCCACGAAACAAAUGUUUGAUUGCGAAACCAAACUGCCAGACACGACGACUUGUUGACUUUGGGAUGGACAGGCUUCUUUCCAACGAGUUGAACCGCUUGGCCGUGUAAUGGCAGAGGCGCGGUCACGAGGACGGUGUGGGAGGACUGCGCGUCCACGAGGCGACACGGAUGCACUACUUUAUUUAAGAAAAAAGUGUUUAUAAGGAAUCAAUAUGUAGUUUCUAAGAGACAAUCAGUGUGCGUCUUAUAUAAAUGGUACAUAUGUGUUUUUUAUCUGUGCUAGCCUUCGAAACUGUGAUCUGUUGUAUUGUAUGCAAAUUGUGAGCCCCGCGCAUAAGAUUCUGCUGUGAUUUUAAUAGAUUUCUAUACCUUUGUUUUGCUAAUGGUUAAAUUAUUGGUAGUGCAUACAGAGGUGAGAUUUCCGGAGCACAAGCCAGUAAAACCAGGGCCAGCCAUACUGGGAAAAAGUUCUUAAGUAGAAAUCUACACUUGCGCAAGAAUCCCCCACUCCCGGUGUCCACACACACGAUGGAUAUGGACCCCCGCUGGUUUCACAGACACUGUGGCCUCCGCCGUCCAAAAGACAUGAAUAAAGGUCCUGAGAACCGA